CCCCGCCCCGCUUCCCGCCCGGCGCUGAGCCCCCGCCGCAGAGCCCAUCCCGGCACCAUGCAUUCCCUGGAGGAGCCCCUGGACCUCAAGCUGAGCAUCUCCAAGCUGCGAGCUGCCCGUGAGAAGCGGGGCCCCUCCGGCCCCCGGCCCCGCGCUCCCCAGCGCCCGGACACCCCGCCGGCCGGGGAUGGCCGAGGGGGCAGCCGGGGGGGUCGCCGGGCCGUGCCGGCCUCGCCGUCCCCCGGGCUCCUGGGACACUCCAGGCUGGUGGAGCCGCGGGAUGGACGCUUCCCGGCCGCCGUGCCCGUGGUGGACCUCAGCCUUUCGCCCCGCUCCGGGGGAGAGUCUCCGGCUGGCAGUGCCUCGCUGUCCCCUGAGCGCCAGGGCAGCGGGGACCUGCCCGGCCCCCUCACCCCACACGAUUUCCAGUCCCUGCGCUACAUCGAUGGCCUCCCCAGCUCCUUCCAGUUCUUCCUGCCGCUGGGGGCUGGGGGGGCCCUGCACCUGCCCCCUGCCGCCUUCCUGCCCCCCAGCAAGGAGAAACGGCUCCCCCCCGAGCUGCCCCUGCCCAAGCAGCUCGUCUGCCGCUGGUCCAAGUGCAACCAGUUCUUCGACCUCCUGCAAGACCUGGUGGACCACGUCAACGAUUUCCACGUCAAACCCGAGAAGGACGCGGGGUACUGCUGCCACUGGGAGGGCUGUGCCCGCCAUGGCAGGGGCUUCAAUGCCAGGUACAAGAUGCUGAUCCACAUCCGGACGCACACCAACGAGAAGCCGCAUCGCUGCCCCACCUGCAACAAGAGCUUCUCCCGCCUGGAGAACCUGAAAAUCCACAACCGUUCGCACACAGGUGAGAAGCCCUACAUCUGCCCCUACGAAGGCUGCAACAAGCGAUACUCCAACUCCAGCGACCGCUUCAAGCACACCCGCACCCACUACGUGGAGAAGCCCUACUCCUGCAAGAUGCCGGGCUGCCACAAGCGCUACACCGACCCCAGCUCCCUCCGCAAGCACAUCAAAGCCCACGGGCAUUUUGUGUCCCCCGAGCACCCGGAGAUGCUCAAGGUCCACCCGCCUCCCAAAACGCCCCUGGGCUCGGCGGAGGUGCCCUACGUUAACGGGGCGCAGCUCGUCAUCCCCAACCCCGCCGCCCUCUUCGCUCCGCCGGGGCUGCCGGCGCUGCCCAUCCCUUUGGCACCGGCACCGCUCGACCUCAGCGCCCUGGGCUGCGGGGCUGCGGGCGCCCUGCCCGCCCUGCCCGGCCCCGUCCUGCCCCUCAACGGCGGCCCCUUGAACUUGGCCAAGAGCCCGCUGCUGCCCUCGCCCUUCGCGGCGGGGCUGGGGCUGCCCGUCAUGUCGCUGCUGGCCGGCGGGGCCAAGGCCGAGGGGGAGAAGGGCAGCGGGGCCGAGGGGCGGCCGCCCAAGGCGGGCAAGGGGCUGGAGAGCCGGAAGGAGAGGGGCGAACGGACGGAGCCGGGGCGGCCGCGGGUGCCCCCCGAGAGCCUGGCACUGCUGCCGGGGGCCGUGCUCGACCUCUCGGCCGGUGUCAGCUCGGGGGGCAGCCCCGAGGCGCUGCCCCCCGGCUGGGUGCUCAUCCCCCCCGGCUCCCUGCUGCUCAAACCCGCCGCUGUCAACUGAGGGGCCCGACGAUGCCCGGGGUCAGCCGCCGGCCCCGUGGGCAGAUCCCGCUCCCUGGGGCCGGGGGGGUGGGGCAUGGCCCCCUCCUCCCCCCGCAGCCCCGGCGGGGCCUCGCUCGUGCUUUUACCCGUCACGAAAGAAGAACGGACUCUUCUGAGAAAAGCAAUAAUCCCUCGGCGGCCGGAGCCGGCUGCGACCCCGUGCUGGGGGCAGGUGGGGCACAGGGGGGUCCCCCUGCUCCUGCCCCCCACCCCCGGCCCUAGGCAGCCGGAUACGCCGCUAUUUAUUUCUGGACCAGCCCCCUGCUCCGACAGGGUCCCGCUUGGGCUCUCCUGCUUCCGCUGACUCGGCGUCUCCCUGCCCCAGGCCUCGGUGCUGCUGUGGGGGGCUGCAGCCCCCAGGCUCCUGCCGCACGGACAGCGGGGCGACAGCCGGGGGACCACACAGCCCCGAGCUGUGCCCGGCCGUGCCAUCCCACCCCGCACGGCCGCGGGCAUCGCCGCA